AUGGCGGAGCGUAGUCACCUCCCUCCCCCCGCCAAGCGUCUCUGUUGCAGACCUGGCUAUGGGUCGGGAUGCAGGCCGGGCCAGCGGGUGGGCGGCACCGGACUCGGUAGUGGGGCGCUCUGCGCCGGACCCUCCUCCGCAGCUGCUGCAGCAGCUGCCGCCGCCGCCGCCGCCGCCGUCGCCGCCCUGGGGCUACUGCCGCUCGGCAAGACCCAGAGCCCUGAGUCCCUGCUGGACAUCGCGGCUCGCAAGGUUGCGGAGAAGUGGCCUUUCCAGCGGGUGGAGGAGCGGUUCGAGCGGAUCCCGGAGCCCGUGCAGCGCAGGAUCGUCUACUGGUCCUUCCCCCGCGGCGAGAGGGAGAUCUGUAUGUACUCCUCUUUCAACACUGGCGCCGAGGACCCUGCUGCCGCCCCCGGGGGAGUUGCCACCGUGCCCGGUGGGGUCGUGGAUAGCGCCGCCGCCGACGAAAACCGCCUGCCUUUCCGCAGGGGCAUCGCUCUACUAGACGGGGGCUGUGUCGAUAACGUCCUGCAAGUCGGUUUCCACUUGAGUGGCACAGUGACAGAGCCUGCAAUGCAAUCAGAACCAGAAACUGUUUGCAAUGUAGCUAUCAGCUUUGAUCGUUGCAAGAUUACCUCAGUGACCUGUAGCUGUGGAAAUAAGGACAUAUUUUACUGUGCUCAUGUUGUUGCACUCUCUUUAUACCGGAUCCGCAAGCCAGAUCAGGUCAAACUGCAUCUUCCCAUUUCAGAGACACUCUUUCAAAUGAACAGAGACCAACUACAGAAGUUUGUACAGUAUUUAAUCACAGUGCACCACACAGAAGUUUUGCCAACUGCUCAAAAAUUAGCAGAUGAAAUUCUUUCUCAGAACUCAGAAAUCAAUCAAGUCCAUGGUGCUCCUGACCCAACAGCAGGUGCUAGCAUAGAUGAUGAAAACUGCUGGCAUUUGGAUGAGGAACAGGUCCAAGAACAGGUUAAACUCUUCCUCUCCCAGGGUGGAUACCAUGGAUCAGGGAAGCAGCUCAAUUUACUUUUUGCAAAGGUGCGAGAGAUGCUAAAGAUGAGAGAUUCAAAUGGAGCUCGCAUGUUGACGUUGAUAACAGAACAGUUCAUGGCUGACCCUCGUCUGUUGCUUUGGAGACAACAAGGAACUGCGAUGACUGACAAGUAUAGGCAGCUCUGGGAUGAACUCGGUGCUCUGUGGAUGUGUAUAGUCUUAAAUCCCCACUGCAAGUUGGAGCAGAAGGACAGUUGGCUAAAACAUCUGAAAAAAUGGAACAGUGUGGAUGUUUGUCCCUGGGAAGAUGGAAAUCAUGGAAACGAGCUGCCCAACUUAACCAAUGCUUUGCCUCAGGGUGCAAAUGCUAACCAAGAUUCAUCGAAUAGGCCGCAUCGGACGGUGUUCACUCGAGCCAUAGAGGCGUGUGAUCUGCACUGGCAGGACAGCCACUUACAGCACAUUAUCAGCAGUUACCUAUACACAGAUUACUGUUACCAUGACAACACUGAAAAUUCACUCUUUGACUCUCAUGGGUGGCCCCUCUGGCAUGAGCAUGUUCCUACAGCCUGUGCGAGGGUGGAUGCAUUACGAUCUCACGGAUACCCACAGGAAGCUCUGAGGCUAGCAAUAGCUAUUGUUAAUACACUAAGAAGGCAGCAACAGAAACAGCUGGAAAUGUUCCAGUCUCAGAAGAAAGAACUUCUCCACAAAGGAGUAACCUCCAUAACAAAUCUUGAAGGUUGGGUGGGACACCCUUUGGAUCCAAUUGGCACCCUAUUCAGUUGCCUGAUGGAAGCCUGCAGGGUGGAUGAUGAGAGCUUCCAUGGAUUCUCAGACUUCACAGAGAAUGUGGGGCAAUGCAAAUCUCUGGAGUACCGGCACCUGCCUGCACACAAGUUCUUAGAAGAAGGGGAAUCUUAUCUAACACUGGCUGUCGAAGUAGCAUUGAUAGGGUUAGGACAGCAACGAAUAAUGCCUGAUGGCUUGUAUGCACAAGAGAAGGUUUGUCGAAAUGAGGAGCAGCUCAUUUUUAAGCUACAGGAUAUUGCAUUGGAUGAUACUCUGGUGAAGAUUUUUCGAAAACAAGUGGUCUUCCUAUUAGAAGCUGGACCGUAUAGUGGUUUAGGUGAAGUCGCACAUCGAGAGAGUGUUCCAAUGCACACAUUUGCGAAGUAUCUUUUCACCUCUCUCCUACCUCAUGAUGCUGAAUUGGCAUACAAAACUGCACUGAGAGCCAUGCGGUUGUUAGUAUUAGAAUCUACAGCUUCUUCAGGUGAUGUGUCCCGCCCACACCAUAUUGCAUCAGUUGUUCCAAACCGAUAUCCCCGCUGGUUCACCCUAAGUCACAUCGAAUCUCAGCAGUGUGAGCUGGCAUCAACCAUGCUAUCAGCGGCCAAAGGUGAUGUUCGGAGGCUGGAAACAGUGUUAGAAUCCAUCCAGAAAAAUAUACACUCCUCAUCACACAUCUUCAAGCUUGCCCAGGAUGCAUUUAAAAUAGCAACACUCAUGGACAGCUUACCAGACAUCACUCUUCUGAAAGUUUCUCUGGAACUGGGCCUUCAGAGCAAGGAUGUUAUCCCAAGAACCAUGACUCAACUCAAGUCCAAAGUGUCACAGCACUCAGGCUACCAACCUGCCUUGCCAUCUUGCAUGGCAGGAAAACUGCCGCCGCCACCACCACCAGCCAGGGACACCUCCCCUGCUGGCUCCGAACCAGGCCUUGUCGCCCCUGUCACAAACCCACAGAAAGCAUCUAAAGAAGUUGGACCGCCCAGGAAGGGUGAUGAUGAUGACUCAGAGACAGAGAUAACAGAAAACACUGAGACAACAGAAAACACUGAUCAAAAGGAUUAUGCUUGCAAUGAAGGUGAAUCACUGACUGCUUGGAUGCUUUCUGUUUGGGACAAGCGGGCAGCUACGGUAGACCUGGAGUGCAGAGAGGCGCAGCAGAUGGGAUCGUUAGCCAGAGAUGGGGAAUUGAUAAGGCUCAUGUCUCAGCUGUGGAAAAAAAUGGCUGAGGAGUUAAAAACCACAGCUGAGGAGAUAAAAACCUCUUUUGAGAAGCUGCAUGAUAAGUUAUCCAAAAUGGAGACAGAGAGUAUCACUCGUUAUUCUCCUGAAUGGAUACAUACUUUCUCCAGAAAGGGGUAUUUCAAGGACCCAAAAGAGUAUAAGUGCGCCUUUGGUGUAGCAGCUGUGGAAACUGAGGGCAUUCACCAGCUGUCUGCCUUGCCUGGACUUUCAGAUGACCCUUCUGUGGUGGGCCCUGAUGAGGGUAGAGGAACAGCAGGUGUUUAUGCACUGGAUAGUAUCAUGCAAAACUGGUUUACACUUUUCACUCCAACAGAAGCUACUAGUAUUGUUGCUACAGCUGUGAUGUCCAACAGCACCAUUGUCCGUCUGCAUCUGGACUGCCAUCAGCAGGAGAAGCUGGCCAGCAGUGCUAGGACACUUGCUCUACAGUGUGCCAUGAAAGAUCCUCAAAACUGUGCCCUCUCUGCACUGACCUUAUGUGAAAAGGAUCACAUAGCUUUUGAGACCGCUUACCAAAUUGUUCUAGAUGCUGCUACAACUGGCAUGAGCUACUCACAGCUUUUUACUAUAGCACGAUACAUGGAGCACCGUGGUUACCCCAUGCGGGCCUACAAGCUGGCCACUUUGGCCAUGGCGCAUCUCAACCUGAGUUACAAUCAGGACACACACCCUGCCAUUAAUGAUGUUCUGUGGGCAUGUGCACUCAGCCACUCCCUUGGGAAAAAUGAGCUAGGAGCUAUAAUACCUCUGGUGGUCAAAAGUGUCAAAUGUGCCACAGUACUGUCAGAUAUUUUGCGUAGGUGUACUUUGACCACUCCUGGCAUGGUGGGACUUCAUGGAAGGAGGAACUCUGGUAAGCUCAUGUCACUGGACAAAGCCCCUUUAAGGCAACUCUUGGAUGCCACGAUUGGAGCCUACAUUAAUACAACUCAUUCACGUCUCACUCACAUCAGCCCGCGACACUACAGUGAAUUUAUAGAGUUCCUCAGUAAGGCCCGAGAGACCUUCCUAAUGGCUCAUGAUGGAGACAUCCAGUUUACACAGUUUAUUGACAACCUAAAACAAAUCUACAAAGGCAAAAAGAAACUGAUGAUGUUGGUUCGUGAGCGGUUUGGUUGA